GCCGAAGACGUCGACGAAGUUGAACUCGGUGCCGCUCGCCGGCGGCAUGAGCUUCGACCGCGUCUGCCGCGAAUGGCGCUGCAAGUACACGGGCGACAAGUCCGACUCGGAGUCGCUCGCGGCGAUCGCCGCGGCGGUCGACGAGUUCCUGCCCGCGCUCAAGGCCAUCGACAAGGACGCCACGGUGAACCGCCUCGUCUGCGGCUCCUGCCUCGACUUCAAGCUCAUGACCACCGUGCCCCUCGACGCCUACGGGCCCUGGGAGGCGGGCGGCCACGAGCCCGAGGCCGCGUUCCUCGAGAAGAUCAAGGCCAUCGACGGCGUCUCCCAGGUCGAGACCCAGACGAUCACCAACAUGCUCAUCUAGAGCCGGGCACCCCGCAAGGCGGACCGUAAGAAGCCCCGCAGAAAUCGCGCCGGCAACGCGCAC